AUGCUGCGACCCACCGCUCAACAAGAAAGCCACGGCAUGACAAGGCAGGUGGGAUGCAGCGCUGAAGUGUCCUGGUGGUCUCUGGAGCACAGUUUGAGAAAUGCGGCUGCACAUUUUCCAGCCCCAGCACACCUGAAGGAGGGCUGUUAGCCAACUGCUCAAACUAACACAUUCUCAAUGUAUAUUGUUUAUCAAUUGCCUAAAUACAUAAGCCAGAUAGUGGCAAUGCUAAUGUUUUGUGGUUUUUAAAAAUAAUAAUCUUGCAUUGCUGAGAUUUGCUGACCAUAAAUUCUGUCUGUCUUGUUUUCUUUGGUGCUUUCCACUCAAAAUAAAUUGGCUUUGGGUGAGUUUGUGUUCCUGUUUGUUUUGGUUCUGUUUAUUGGACUGGCUUACGCCGGUCUGAGGUUUCCAGUGUUGUUAGAUUGUAUUUGUGACUAAUAUCUUUUGAGGAACUGAAUUCUUAAAAGUGAUUUGGGAUGUGUUAGGACUGUGCAAAACAAUCUAUAGGCACAAAUCAGCUAAUGCUAGGCAUUUUCUGGGUGCUUUUCUUUGAAAUGGGAGAUUUAAGCAUCUGCUUUAAGCCUCUUCCAGAGAAAAGAAUGUGACUGAAAGGUGCUCAGCUUCAACUGGAUUGUGCCAACCAGGCUUACUUUAUUUUUUAUCAUGAAUAUGUGUCGACUUUGCUCCUGCCUGGAGAGAAAAAUGCACAGAAGGGAGUGGGAUAUAAGAAUGCUGAAAAGAAUGACAUAAUAUGACCUCACUCUACAGCUGUCUGCCUUCCCCACCCGCUUUUGCUAAAGAUUCCCCAUUGAGGUUCUUAGUUGUCCAGUACUCAAAAAAUACUCCUAAAAGUAGUAAUAAUGCUUAUGUGGAUUCUCUCCUCCACCCCACCCCCCGAAUUAGCAGGAGGUUAAUCUCAAAGUAUUGCUGCCUGUUCCAUCUCCAGCAUGAACAAACCCAAACAGACGGUUAGCUAAUGCUCUAAUUGUGUGUGGUGGCUGAGAAGUGUUGGAGACAACAUAUAAUUUCCAGCUUAAUUGUGCUCUUCCUCAAGCUGGGCUGAGAACACAGGAAUGCAAACAAGAAGUAUUUAGCAGUGAUGGGAAGUCUAUAUUUCAGGUGAACCUGGGCUGGCCUCUGUCUGUCUUGGGAGAAAAUGGAAGGGUGCACUGUUGGGAGGUAAAGUCAAACCGUUGGAGAAUUGCAGCACCUGCUGUGGCUGUAGAGACCAAUAUGGGAGAGACACGUUUUGUUGCAGGUGGGGCAGGUGAAGGCAUCAUUCCUCCUCUGGUCACUGCUGUGGAUACACGACGUGGCUGAUUGUCUCCAGGUGCUGGGUAACUGGCAAACUGGCCUUAGUUGUGGACUAACAGUUUUCAACCUACACUAAUAAUUCACAAUGGCAAUAACUAUUUAAUUCAGUGGUUUUUGAACUUUUGGCCUACAAGGAUCUUUUCCCAUAAACACUUGCCUGUUGAUGGUGAUUAAAAGUGUAUACUGCCCUUCAUCCAAAGAUAAUAGGGUGGUUCACAACAUAAAAGACCUGUUAUGACUAUUCUGGGGAGUAUUAUAUCCAGUAUGCAGACUCUGUGUAGCAAGGUCACAUGCUAGACCCAUUGGCUUCAUUGUCGUUAAUGUCUCUGCUUGAAUCAAGCGCAUUUUGUAACCCAGCUCUAUUUAUUAUUUUCAUCAGGUUCAGGUGAAGCAAUGGAUAUGCAAAAGCAAUGUUUUAAGUUGCUUAAUUAUUGGAUGAAGGCCAAUAAACUAAAGACGGAGGUACUGCUGGUAAGAUUCCAGCUGAUCUGGAAGAUAAUGUUCAGCAUAUUGUAGAUGAUACACUCGCCCUAAAAGAUCAGGUUCACAGUUAGGUAUGGGAAAGCACCAGCCCACCCAUGAGGUGAAGCAGCUGCCUCAGGCAACAGGAUCCACCUGGGCAAGGUACUGUGAGGGCCAGAUGAGGAAGCUUGGAGUGUGGAAUGCCGUUUCUGAGGACCCCCCAGCCCCUGUGACAGAUGAAUGGACGGCACAGGACUCAAGAGCCAUGGGGAUAAUUUUGCUCUCAGUAGCUCCUGAAAAGUUAAUCACCCUGGCUGGCAAGGCAAGUGCCCGUGAGAUGUGGGACGGGCUUAGAGCCUGUCAUCUCCGACAAGAGGCUGGGUCUGUGUUGCUUUAUUUCAGAAAGCUGCACAGGAAGCGUUGGGAGCCCGGCGAAGACCGUAGAGCCCACGCUGUCCAUGUGCAGCAUCUCAGACAGGAAUUGACUCAGAGAGGUUUCAAUAUGCCUGAGUCACUGUUUGCAAUUCUCAUCCUGGACUCCCUGGAUGAAAGCUACCAUGCCGUGGCAAGUCAGCUGGCGACCCUCCCUGCGCAAGACUCACUGCUACAAAGGUCUUGGCGACUUUGCAAAAUGAAUACGAUAGAAGGAAUGCAGCUGAGUCGGCUUGUGCGCUCCAGGGGAGCAAUGUGGGACAGCAUUCCAGCCUCCAGGGGAGCCAAAGCGCUGGCAGCUGUGAAGUGCUGGACCUGUGGGACCCAAGGUCACACUCAGAAGUUUUGUCCAAAGACUGGAAAUAAACAAAGGAAGAAGCCAGGAGAUGGCAAGAAGCAGAGGGGGGGUGGAAAGCCCAAGCCAGGGAAAAACAAUGCUUUGUUUGCUGGCACAGCCUCACCAAAGGCUAAAGGCAAGUCUGAUGGCUAGGAGCAGGGGGGCAAGCUGCAAAAGCCCACGCCGGUGGAAAACAAGGUUUUGCUUGCUGCAAAGACUGCUCCAAAGGCCAAGGCCAGGUUUGUUAUUGAUUCAGGGUGUACCCGCCAUGUGUCGAAAGACUGCCAUCUCUUUAUCUCCUUCAAACCUCAAGAAGGUGAGAUCCACCUGGCUGACGGAAAGACGUUGCGGAUCGCAGGAGAAGGGACUGUGAAACUGGCAAGUCUGCACACUACCAUCAAAGAUGUACUAUAUGUUCCAGGUGCUGCAGACAAUUUGCUCAGUGUCCCACAGCUUACUGGGCGUGGUUUUGAAAUUUCCUUCAAGAGGAGCGUCUGUGUCAUCAGAAAAGGCAAAGAGGACAUUUUGCAUGCAAAGUUUAUGGAUGGCUUGUUCUGUAUAACUUAUGACGACAAUGGUGCUGUUGUGUCUAAUGUUGAUUCUUGUUGUGUUGCACAAACUAACAAAGUUCUUCAUGCAGGAUGCAUUCACGAUGCACAUCGAAGGUUUUGCCACCUCUCUUGGAAGGCACUGGCCAAGAUGCCAGAGAUGGUUGAGGGUUUGAACAUCAAACCCUGUAGGUUUCACAUGAAAUGUGUAUCUUGUGCAGAGAACAAGGUGAAGGUUGCUCCAAAAGGCAAGGAGUCUAGCAGGCAGGCUUCCAAACCCUACCAGCUAGUGCACGCAGACCUGGUUGGUCCACUUGCGCCCUCUUUGGGUGGAGCAAGGUACUUCAUGGUUCUAAUUGAUUCUUUUUCCAGGUACAUUCAUGUGUUUAUGCUCGAGCAGAAAUCGCAAGCGUUUCCGAAGUUCAAGGCAUUCUGUGCUUGGUUGGAGAAUGUUCACGGUAAACGUAUUGGCUGUCUGUUUACUGAUCGAGGCGGGGAGUUCACUUCUCAGCAGUUUGAAGCUUUCCUGACUGAGAAGGGAAUCCAGCAUGACUUGUCAACGCCUAGAUCGCCAUGGAUGAAUGGGCUUAUGGAGCGAGCAAAUCAAACGUUGCUGCAAGGAACGAAAACAUUGUUGCAUGAUGCCAAUCUCCCUGAUAAGUAUUGGGGGGAGGCUCUGUCGAAUUUUGCUUACACUUAUAAUCGCAGGUUGUCAUCACCUAUUGGUUGUACCCCCUAUGAGAAGAUGUUUGGUAAGAAACCCAACAUCAAACACAUGAGAAUCUUUGGUUCUGACAUGUGGGUACACACCCCACAGAGCAACAAGCUUGGGAAGCGUGGGGCACAUGGUUUGUUCAUGGGGUACGAAAAAGGUGCAUACAGGGUAUGGAUGACCGACUCUAAGUCCAUUAAGUUCACAAAGAGUGUUGAGUACAAUCCUAAGUGGGGGGAAAAUGUGGGAAUUUUCCAGAGUUACCCAGAGGAGGAUGAAGGUGAUGUCAAAGAAGCAGCUAAAGCUGAGGAAGCUGCUGAGGAUGAUGAUGAUGAUGAUGAUGAUGAUGAUGAUCAGAGUUCAGAUUCCAGUUCAGUGGGCGGCGCUGCUGCUGGUGUCAGUGACAGUGAUGACACAGCAGACUACAAGAGCGCAAAGGCCUCAGUCAGACCAUCUGAUGCGUCUGACAAUGAUCUGGAAGAACCACUGUUCACCAUUGGUCAUUUUUCUCCUAAGAAGGAGGAGAUGAGUCCAGAAGACUUGCGUCUAGUACGCAGAUCUGAAAGAGCCACAAAGGGCAGACCUCCAAAGAGAUUUGCUGAUGAGUUUGCUAAGACAGCAACUGCUGUUCUUAGUAGCUCAGAGAAGGUGUGGGAACCUUCAAGCUUCAAAGAGGUUCAGGAGUCAACCUCUAAAGAUGCUGAGCCUUGGCUUAAUGCCAUGAGGGCUGAAGUUGAUUCCUUGAAUAGGAACCAAACUUGGGAACUGGUACCGGUAAUCCCAGGAAUGAGACUGGUUGGCAGCAAAUGGGUCUUCAAGGCCAAGACAGACCAGAAUGGCAAAGUUGUCAGACACAAAGCCAGAUUGGUUGCCAGAGGUUUUUCACAGGUACCAGGACAGGAUUACCACGAGACCUACUCACCCACCGUCAAAUAUGAGAGCAUUCGGCUGAUGCUCAAGAUAGCUGCAGAGGAGAAACUGCAUGUUUCCCAUCAUGACAUUAAUACAGCAUUUUUGUACGGGAUUUUGGGGGAGGAGCUGUUUAUGCUUCCACCUGACGGGAUGCAGAUACAGAAGGGAAUGGUCUGUAAACCAUGGAAAUCCUUAUAUGGUCUCAAGCAGAGUGCCAGGUGUUGGAACACAAAGCUCACUGAGACAUUGCUUUCUAGGUUUUCACCAGGGCAAAGCUGAUCCAUGUGUGUUUGUCAAGGAGGAGGGCAAAACAAACUGUAUUGUUUAUGUUUUGUUGAUGAUCUUCUGAUGUUUUGGAAGAAUCAGGCUUUCUACCAAAGCACCCUAGCUCAGCUGAAGGAGCACUUUGACAUGAAGGAUCUUGGUGAGGUAUCCAACUAUCUUUCUCUGCAGGUGGAGAGGGACCGAGCAGGUAAUUUUCUGGUACACCAAACACAGAAAAUUGCUGAUGUAUUAACCAGGUUGAAUUUGGUUGAUGCAAACCCAGCAGACACACCGAUGGUGACAGGUUACCAGGUAGAUAGUACUGCUGAAGCGUUUUCUGACACAACACUGUACAGAUGCAUUCUAGGCAAGUUGAAUUUCAUUGCUAGAUGCUCAAGACCUGACAUAGCUGUAAGCUGUAACCUGCUUAGCAGACAUGCUAACAAUCCUACUGUUCAGGAUUGGAAAGCUCUGAAGCGCAUAGCCCGCUAUUUGAAAGGGACUUUGCACUACAGGCUGAGGUUCACCAGUCAGAAGACUGGAGGUCUUGAAAUCUUUGCAGAUGCAAGUUUUGGAAGUGACACCACGGAUGGUACAAGCACUUCUGGGUAUGCUACAUGUACAAUCACUGCCUGUUUGACUGGUUGUGCAAAAAGCAGACGACAGUGAGCCUUAGUUCCUGUGAAGCAGAACUCAAUGCUCUGUCAUUUUCACUCAUGGAUUGUGAAUGGUUGAUGCAACUGUUUAAGGACAUCAGAGUUUCUGUGAAAUGUCCUGUACAAGUGUAUAAAGACAAUAGAUCAUGUUUGGCUUUGCUGAACUCGGAGAGUUGCAAGCAAAGGACCAAGUACUUGCAGAUUAAGCUACAUCGUGCAAGGGAGUGUAUUCAGAAAGGACUCAUUCAGGUGUCCUACAUGCCAGGAAAUGAAAUUCCUGCUGAUCUGUUGUCUAAGGUUGUUAACAGAGAACAACUUAAGGUUUACGUACAAAGGUUGCAAUUGGGUUGAACCACAGGUACUACAGGUUACACGGAAAGGGGGAGGAUGUUAGGAUAUUUCCGUUCCACCUUAAAAGGGAGCAGGCUUUGUGAGUCAGAGUCUGCGUAUUUCCUGUUCACAGGAUGUUUAUGUUUUCUGUUGCUUUCGUUUUCUCUCUGUGUCACAGACACUAAAAGCAGGCAGUCAUGUUUUUCUGUGUUCUGAUCAACGCUGAAUAAACUUGUAAAUAAUGCUCUCCUGAGUGCAACUUUUGGCUGUGCUAAUUGCUGAUAGAGUGUGCAUGAGCUCUGGAAUGUGUACAAGAUAUUUUCUAGAAACUCAUGUCGCUGCGUGCCUACGGGAGGUCGAUGGAUCGUCCGGCAGACGGCUUGGGGGCCAUGAUGGACUUUAUCUCCCUGGCAGUAUCCCAACAUUAACUACUGAACUAACCACAGUUUCCAUUAUGUCCAAUCUCAGGGAACUGUGGUUAAAUGAAGCAGGAGGGUUUGCAGAUACAGUUUUCCACAGCUUCUGCUACUUGAUGUGAAUUGCCAUCUGAAUUGCUGAAAUGUUAAACAUGCAAAAACAUGCUGUUCCUCAGAGCAAUGGCACCUUUCUAGCUCACUAGGCAUUAAGACAUCAUCUUCUCCUGCCCUCUCACCUAGUGCAAGUAGCCCAGUUACAAGUGCUAAAUAAAAUGUUGUGUAUGGUAUGCGUUAUGCUUAGCCAUGACCUGGCUCUAGACACGGAGUCCUCAGAGAAUGAUCCAGACAUGCCACAGGUCAAGGACCUAGAGGAGCGGGCAGGAACUCCUGGAGCCAGUCCUGAGGAUUUCCUCUUUUGGGAGGUUAGUGGAAGAAUUCUUGGAUCCAACAGAGGAGGUGGAGCCACCCCUCAAUGCUUGAGAAUGCUGCUGUCAAAAGGCCCUGGUUGAAGCCAAAGAACUCAUCUCUGCUUUUCAGGCUGAGGGAGCCAGCGUUUGUCCACAGACAGCUUUACCAGGUCAUGUGGCCAGCAUGACUAAACCACUUCUGGUGCAACAGAACACUACGACGAAAGUCAGAGCGCACGGAAAUGCUGUUUACCUUCCCGCUGCAGCGGUACCUAUUUAUCUACACACGCUGGUAUGCUUUCAAACUUCUAGGUUGACAGGUCCUGGGACAGAAAAAUGGGAGCUCACCCCGUCAUGCGGAUUCGAACUGCCGACCUUCCAAUCAGCAAGCCCAAGAAGCUCAGUGGUUUAGACCAGAGCACCACCCAUGUCCCACACCUUUUACCCACUGGCAAAACAGGAGACUUCCUAAUCUUAUGGGCUACUGUGUAAUCAUAUGUGGUCAAAGGAUAAAAACGUGCAAUUUACUGUGUACCUCUUACUGUAGGGUGAAGUAUCAUGUAAUUUUUAAAAAAAUGUUGCACAAUAAGGAGGUGGAAAUUCUGAGAAUAAAUUGCCUGCAUUUUCACAUUAAUGUAUUUUGUUUUCACAGCAACACCAGCUGCUUGUAAUGAACAGAAGGGAAUCUUACAAGAUGUUGGCAUUGCUGAAAUAGAAAUUAAAAAAAAAUUCUCUUUUCUCCUAGAAUGCUGAUUUAAAGGGCAAGAAAGUGCUUGAAUGGUUGAGCUCAUAGGCAAUGUUGAAUUAUUCUAGUCUCUGAGCAAAUAACAUUGUGCAUGGUAGAGAAUACUCGAUCUUGUGGUGACCAAGAAAAGUCAGUAAGUCUGUGUGCAUUAUGUGGUUGGCAUAUAAAGCGGAAUAUUGAUUACUAGCUAUAAUGGGAACAUUUCUGAUGAAGGAGGAAUACUAAACGCUUAAUAGAGUGGGGGCAAAAUCCUUGCUCACACAUGACAACCUAAACAGUUGAAACUACAGCCUUGACUUCAGUAACUGGAUUCCAAACUUCUUACUGUAAGAUGAGCUGUGGAUUGUACAGGACAUUUUUUUCUUGGUUUUCAACUGCCUUCCACCCCUAAGGUCAACUGCAGGGAUAAUGAUUUCUUUACGAAUCCUAUUCUGGCAUAGCUAAAUGAGGGUGUAUACCAGGUCUGCCCCAAAGUAUUUUGUCAUGUGUGAUUCAACUCCAAUUACCGUAUUUUUCACUCUAUAAGACGCACCAGACCACAAGACGCACCUAGUUUUUGGAGGAGGAAAAGAAGAAGAAAAAUAUUCUGAAUCUCAGAAGCCAAAACAGCAAGAGGGAUUGCUGUGCAGUGAAAGCAGCAAUCCCUCUUGCUGUUCUGGCUUCUGGGAUAGCUGCGCAGCCUGCAUUCACUCCAUAAGACGCACACACAUUUUCCCUUACUUUUUAGGAGGGAAAAAGUGAGUCUUAUAGAGCAAAAAAUACGGUAACAUCUUGCUGUUCUAAGUUAAAAUAGAAACUGAAAGUGACUUAAAAAAUGUAUGUGGACCACUUCACACUUGACACUUCUCCUGUGUGGAACAACACAAGAAGGAAAAAGAAUGUGUGGUGCCAUCAUUACCCCAUUAUGGUAUUGAUAUUGAACUUCAUGAGCUGUUGUUAGCACUUUAUACAGCAGCUGGCACCUUGUAUUUGUGUUAUCAUCUAUGUUUCAUAUUCCACCAAAGCAUCUUAUUGUACUGUAUGUGGCGCUCUUAACACAACUUAAACCAGCCUUGUUAGAUCUUAGUAGUACCGUACUGUCUUUGUACUAGAAGGGCAGAGAGGCCACUGAGAAUUGAAGAAUAUUUUUUAUGCUCUCCUCCUUGUAAUAUGCUGUAUGGAUUAUAUUACGGGGGUUGUGGGUGGGGUUGUUUUUAGGAUCUUAAUUGUGGUUGUAUAUACUGUAACCUGCCAUGGGACCUUCUGGUGAAGGGAGAGUAAGAAAUACAAUAAAUAACUGUAGGAAACACUGUUGUUGCCAGAAAAUUGUGUGAACAUUUGUUUUUCCCUGUAUCCAGAUGUUUGGAAGUCAUUGCAGUUCUUAACAAAUGUUUUCAGUGCGAAAUUGGCUUUCAUGUAGCUGUUACAUACAAUCAUGUGCAUGCUAUGUCAUAAUCAGUUUUACUUCUUUGUCCAUUUAUUCAUUCGACAAAAAGUAUAACCCACUUUUCAACAGCUGUUCUCAAAGGCUGAUUACCACUGACGAAACGACAAUAAUCAGAAACACUCCAGAAAUUAGAAUACAGCAUCAAUCAUGGACAGGGUCAGUCGAAUUAAAACAAAGCUGACAUUAAAACAUCUUAGCUGUAACGAUGCUUGCCUGAAGAGAAACACUCUUAUCCUUGAAUGAGUCGCACCAAACUUCGUUUAAAAAAUUGUUCUGGGAGGGUGAAAACGGGCUUUUCAUAUGGUCUUCCGUUCUGCUGGCUGGUUUCCUUGUACAGCGCUGUUUGCUGUUAGCUUUUUUGUGGCAGAGGGCAAUUGAUUUGCUUGGCUGGUGUGCUUCGGUGUGACACCUCCAGCAUGCGGUCGGGCAUCUAACGAAGGUUUCUUAUUAUUUCGUUCUAUUUAAUAAUAACAUCUUCGGAACACAUAUCUCUAUUUCUAAUCCCAUUGGGUUUUUUAUGUCACUCUGUGAAAUGUUAUGUGCAUUUAUAAUAUACCACCGAUGACGACGCCGGGGGAGGAUUGCGCGCGGUUGUUUUGCAUUUUACUGUUAAAGCCUUCGAUGAGAAUAAAAAUAGACGGUCAACCCUUCGACAUCUCCGAGGCUGCACUGGGCGGGUCGAGUGAGCGAGGAAACACCCUGGGACAGCCUUGCCACACCCUCCUUCCCCGCCAGCCAAUCCCGAUCAUCUUUUGCUCUCCCCGGCUUCGGAUCCUGCCCAAUGGAGGCUCUCCCCUGCGCGGGUUCCUUCCCUCGAAGGGAAGGGAGGAGAGCGCCAGGAGUGCAGCCCUCUCGCUCCAAGGGGGGAUGGCAGAGCUUGGCUUCCUCCGCUUGGAUCGCCUGCCGCUGAACUUUCCUGCCGGGAUUUAAAUUUCCCCCAUCUCCCCACCACAGCCUUUCUCCCUUUCAGCACACACACCUUUUUGCUGGAGGGAGAGAGAGAGAAAGACUGCGUGGCGCUUCCAAGGUAACCCGAUCUCUUGCUGCACACCACGUUUGUAUUUUCUGAUCUUCUCCCGCAAACCAAACGAGGCAGGUGGAGGGCAGGGUCAGGCCAAGGAGGCAGCGACGGCCGCAGAUAUUGCCGGUGUGAUCGCAGCCUCGCCCCGCCGUGGGAACAUGUGCGCGUCGCCGCGUCCAGAUCUCCGCCCGGGUUUCGCCUGGGCUCCGCGGAGCACUUUCAGCCUGCGAAACUGCACCGGCUGCUUGGCGGGGACCUGAGAGCACCACGCUUGGAGCGUGCAAAUCCCUCGCAGCCAAACAAAGAAGACCGAGAUACUUCGCCUGCCUCGAAAGUAGCUCGGCGAACGCCGCUGGGUAGGGCGCGGUGGAGGUGAAGGAAGGGACACUGCGUUUAUAGAGGGUGUUUUUUUACGCUUGGCUUUUUUUUACCCCCUUUUGUAAAUCAUUUGCUAGAAAUCGGCACCGGGGAAGACCCGGUAGCCAGGGAGAUCCGUGAUCGCCCACGAUCGGCGGUGGGAAUCGCUCUUUGUAUUAUAUAGCCUGUGACACAGGGACGCUGUUGGGUUUGUCUGUCUGUUGCUUUUAAACUCUCCUAGGGGACGGCGGUCAGUCUGGAGAUCGGGUGCUUUUGGAGGGGUGAUCUUCCCCCUGUUCCCUCACCCAAAUGUUCCCACUUUAGCUGCGCUCUGUUGCUCGCGAUUGAUGGUGCCCCUUUCAGGCACUCUCCUCUCUCUUCACUCUGUACUCGAAUCUGCUCGAGCACCUGCUUAAAGGGAAAGCGGUUAUUUCUCUCGUUGGUCCUAGCAACCCUUUAGUGUCUCUUGUCUCUUUCCGGGAUGCAUUAUCUUCCCAGACAUUAGCACCCGCAGGGCUUCAGAAAAAUGCAAGUCGAUAAUGUGUUGGGAGUUCCUCCCCUUCUCUUCUCAAUGCAUCCAUUAUUGACUUCUAUACUUUCACAUACCAGAGUUUUUAGGUGGUGUUCCUGGAGUUUAGCGAAAAGGAAAAGGCAGUUAUAUAAUGCAAGAAAUUGCCUUGGUUCUAUUUCGUGCUGGGAAUCAGAAAUAUCCCAUUUAGGCAAACUAAGAAGGUAGAGAUGGGAUUGUGUGUGUGUGGUAAAACUGUUGUUGUCUGGAUUGAAGUUGAGGAGCCAUUAAGAAGAACAGGCAGAUCUUACCUUUGGAGCACAAUCCAUCAAUAGGUCAUCAGUCUUUUGUACACGUCUUGUUCAUGAGUUUUGCCCAAGGGAAUUUCCAGGGAGCUGUGAGCCUCAUGUCAGUGGGAAAGUGGGGUGCUGUGUGGAUUUUCCAUCUCUGGUACCUGAAUGACUUGCAAGAGCCAGCCCUGUGGCUAGAAAGUUCUCACAGUAAUGUGAAUAGUAUUUCUCACAUUAACUUCUGAACUAAAUUAAACAGGUGCAUUCCAAAGAUGAAUGAAAGCCUGGUAUAGAAAAAGUAACAGAUAAGUAUCUUUCUGAGAGAAAAACGCUCAAACUCCUGCUGUGAGAAAAAUAGGGGGUCUCCCAAUAGCUCUCUUCACCCUUAAUUAAUUACAGUUCCCAUGAUUCUUUGGUAGAAGCCAUGUCUGUAUGGUGCUGCUUUCAUUUACAGUGCAGAUGGAGCCUUAGACUAUGAACUUACAGUAAUGGUCUAGGGACAGGGGUGUUCUUUAGGUGAUGGUGCAUUUAGAUUUGAAUACUUCACUUCAAAAUGUUUUAAGCUAGCCCUAAAAAACGUGGGAGCCCCUCUUGCUCAUUCUUCUGAGUAAGGCCUUGGACUUCUGCCCCAAAGCACGACCUUGACAGCACUUGUGAUAGCUUAGUAUUAAGCCUCCAACUGGGAGCAAACAUUGGUUCAAGGCCAUGCUUUAAAUGUACGAAUGUAAAAAGAGCCAUCCUGGGUCAGACAAAAACUCCAGAAUCCAGUCCCUCAAAGCUCCUCUGCAGUAACUUGGGGUCUUGAUGAUCCACAAGGGCCAGCCAGAUGUCUCUGGGAAGCCAACAACCAGAGCUGGAAGGCAACAGCUCCCUCUACCAGUGCCUUUGAACAACUGGUAUUCAGCUCCAUGCUCUUUCAACAUGGAGUCUCCAUAUAGCCAUCAGUUUGUUUGUUUGUUUGUUUGUUUGUUAUAUUUUUAUCCUGCUUUUCAGCUAAUUAUUGUCCCCUCUCCCAAGUGGCUGAAAUGAAUUAAAAAUAAACAAUACAAGCACUACCAUUGUCUGGAGGUUCUGUAACUGGCCCUGGCCCUAUGGUUUUGGCAGGUAAGGCAGGAGCCAUGGCAAGGUGUUGGUAGGAGUAAGCUAUGCAUGCCGUGCUGCCCUCUGGUCUAGGGAAGAAUAUUACCCUAUUACCGGUGUUGAAAUAAGAUUCAACUGCCUGUCAGGUCAGCUUCUAUGUGUGAAGUUGGGGUUGAAGUACAGGUGGCACCAUGUCAUCCUUCGCCUGAGGCAGCAAAGGAUUUUGAGCAAGCCCAGGUCCUACUGAUGGUAGCUCAAGACUCCUAAACAUUCCCCCAGAUUGAGACAUAUGGGGAAAAUGCAUCUCUCUAGUUCUUCAGGACCUGCCCAUGCAAAGUUGGAAUGUCCACUCCCCUUCUGGAAUUCGUCCCAAGUGGAAAAUAAUAGGUUGGCAUCCAUCUGUCUCAGGAGACAAUGGAGGAGUGACCAUUGUGGGUGAAGUCAACCUGUUGGAAGGUUACAGGGCCUCCUGUGGCUGUAGAGGCCGAUAUGGGAGAGCCAUGUUUUGUUGCAGCUGGGGCAGGUGAAGGUGUCUGGUUGUGCUUCCCUCUGUGCUCCUCCCAGCAGUCAUUCCUCCUCUGGUCAUUGCUAUAUGACCUGACUGCCUCCAGACAGGGAUUCCCGUAUGGCGGGGUUGAUGUUACCGGCCUUCAUGUCACGUUUGGAGAAAUCUUUGUAACAGGUCUGGUGUCUGGUUAAAUAAGGAAAAUAAAAUUACUGCAUAUCUUGCUUGCAUCAUAGGUCUGUCUUGUUAACCUCUGAAUAUCAGUCAGCCAUCUAUCCCUGGCAAUGGCGGUUUUAGGGGAGCACAGGAAAGAGGGGUCUCCUCCAAAAUGCUGACAGCUCCUUCAGUCAGGGUCUGCAGUUCACACAGGAGAGCAGCUCUUCAGACAAAAAUGUUUUCAGUAGGGUAGGAGAAGGCUGCUCUUCACGAGGCAUCGCCGUAGCAUUCUCAAGGGAAGGAAAACAACUUCACAGCCCUGCCUCUUAGCUGUCUUCACCAGCCCUCUCACAGCUGCCCACUUCUCCACCAAAAGGGAGCAGGCUGGGCUUACCCUCUGUUAUUGCUAGACAAAACAUCUCACAAAGACUCUCCAUGCAACAUUCCUCCACCACCCCAGAUGGCAUCAUUCUUGGGCCAAUAGGUACUUUGCACAUGUGUAAACUUUUAAAAAAAUCACUUUCAAAAAGGAUCCCUUGGCCACAAAAUAGUACUUUGAAGGAUACAUGUGGGGAUUUGGUUAGUUCUGUAGGCGCAUCACCUUCAGUUGUGCAAGAUUCGUAUAUAUCUUUCGUCAAUGUAGUGGUUCUGUUGCAAAGAGAUUAACCUUUUGAAAGCCCUCAAAAUAGCAAUAUUGUGUCACUUUCAGAAAUUCAGCCCUUCGUCCUACUGGAACAGCUUGGGGAUUUAACCAUCUUGUUAAUGAUUGGGUAGGGAUGUUAUACCGCACCUCAAGAGUGCAAAAAACCCCUGACAAAUGGGGUGUUGCAGCGUUCUUUUCUUGACCUGUUGUUUUUCAAUGUUCCAAACAACUUGGAGGAAAGAAUUGAGGGGGUGCUCAUCAGAUUUGCAGAUGGCACCAAACUGGGAGGGGUAGCUAAUGCCACAGAAGACAGAGUUGGGAUUCAAGAUGACCUUAAUGGAUUGGAGAACUGGGCCCAAACUAACAAAAUGAAUUUCAGUAGGGACAAAGGUUCUGCACUUAGGCAGGAAGAACCAGAUGCACAAAUAUAAGUUGAGACACCUGCAUUGCCAGUAGUACAUGUGAAAAGGUUCUAGGAGUCUUAGUAGACCACAAGCCGAACAUGUGUCAUCAGUGUGAUGCAUCAGCACAAAAAGCUAAUGCUAUUCUAGACUGCAACAACAGAAGAUUUGUGUCCAGAUCAAAGGAAGUCAUAGUACCAUUAUAUUCUGCUUUGGUCAGACCACACCUGGAACACUGUCCAGUUCUGGGUGCCACAAUUUAAGAAGGAUAUUGACAAGCUGGAACAUGUGCAGAGGAGGGCAACCAAGAUGAUCAAGGGUCUGGAAACCAAGCCUUGUGAAGAACAGUUGAGGGAGUUGGGUAUGCUUAGACUGGAGAAGCGACUGAGAGGAGCUGUUUAAAGGGCUGCCACAUGGAAGAUGUAGCAAGCUUGUUUUCUCCCUCUCUGGAGGAUAGGACCCGAACCAAUGGAUUUAAGAUACAAGACAGGAGAAACUGACAAAACAUCAGGAAGAACUUUCUGACAGUAUGAGCUGUUUGACAGUGGAACAGACUCCCUUGGGAGGUUGUAGACUCUCCUUCCUUGGAGGUUUUUAAGCAGAGGUUGAAUGGCCAUCUGUCAUGGAUGCUUUAGCUGAGAUUCCUGCAUUGCAGGGAUUUGGACUAGAUGACCGUUCGGGUCCCUUCUACAAUUCUGUGAUUCUAAGAGUAGGUACGGUCAUCUGUUGCCACCUGAGAGCUUUGACUUGCUGCAUAUAUUUAUGUUGUUGUUCCCCAUUUUUACCCAACAAAGAGAGAAUUUUAGAUCAAGGACUGUGAGAAAUGAAUUGGUUAUGUAACAGUGAACUAGUUCCCCCCCCCCUCCUUGACAGACUGUCUAGUACAAAGGCUCCCACCCACCUGCCACAGGUGAGGUUUUCUCCCUGGCUGCAGAAGACUUUGAGAAAUGCAGUUUUGCACAUACAUAUUUUAUAACCACCAAAUUUACAGAGGCUCCCUUCCAUUUGCUUUGUCAAAAUGUUCCGUGUGGGAAGCAUCACAUUCUUUCGUGUUUACUACUCGAACUGACUUUUUCUGCUUGCAGUCUUUUCUGCUCAGUCCUAGUGUGAAGAAAGUAAUUUUGCAUGAAUUGUAAAUGAAAUAAGAAAAUGCCCACAAGCACUGCCAGGGAAGAGCAGGGAGAGGGAGACUGAGACCGACCAUUAGUGAGGAAGGAUAUGCCUCUAGAAUAACCACACCUAUCAUUUUCUAUGCAUUUUUAAUCCAUCAUGUCCAUUAUCCCUCCAAGCUUACUAAUUGUUGCAAAUUAAUAACACCAGUGCAGGAAUGUAUAUUGGUAUCUGACUUCAUCAUCUGGAGAUAUCACUGUGUAGCACUGGUAUUUGCGAUAUCAGACCAAGUGCCAGUGACUGGUCACGUUGGGCAGUGGCCAAGGGCCCCAGAGGCUGAGAAGGACCUCUCACCAGUCCAUCCCAAUGGGCCCCAGGACUACCAUCUUAGCAGUAGAUUAGCAGCCAUUUUUGAAUGGGAGUGAAGCUUCCAUCCACAAUGGCUUCCCACUAUCUUAAUUUGCUUCCACCCAUGGAUCUAUAAAUGUAUAAAAUCUGGAGAUUUUGUCAGUGCUAUUUUCCAGAAGAAGAGAUGCCAUGAACACCUUCCUUGUUUUCUUAGAACAGUAAUGGCACCCACCUGAGAGAUGACAGAAUUGAGUUCCGGCAAGUUCCAGCUGAAAGAAAGCCCUGGUUUUCAUGGAUAUAUAGGCCAGCAUUGCUGCCCACUACUAAAAUGCCUUCAGGGGAUCUGGCUGUUGGCGUGCAACCAAGGAAACGGGGGCAGUUGGCAGGUCCCCAGCUGCUUCCAGCCCACCGGCCGGUGUGCUGGGCGAUCUCCAGUCCUUGGUGCAGCAUCUGCAACCCAAGCUUCAGAAGCUAGGGCAUGCUACACAGCAGAGUAAACGCUACGCAACAGAAGUGGUAGGAGAAGUUGUGUGAGCAUAUUUACAAGCAGUUUAUUCAGCAUACAUCAGGACAAAAGGAAACAUGUCUGAUCUCCUUCGUGUCCAAAGCAAGGCAGCAAAAGCAAAAGCUGUACACAAACAGAAGUUCCCAGCAAGCUGUGCUGGAGUGUAAACAGACAUGUGACAUACAACAAUUCCACACGUCUGUUCUUAAGGUGGAAUGGAAUAUCCCAACACUGGCAGGGAGUGGUGUUGCUGCUCUUGCAACAACAGGAGAAAAAUACUGUGUGACCUGUGAUGGGGGGCAGUAUUGAUGAAGUAUUGCUUCAAGCCUUCAAACGAUCUUCAGGAAUGAGGAAUAUCACAGUCCAGUGUGUUUUCUCGUUGAGCAGGGCAGUAGGAAAGAGAACACAGUUUUUCCCAAAGCAGAGCUGGAUCUGCCAAGUGUGUAAGGGAAAUAGGAAUAUAUCUCAGUUCUUAUUUCAUGUGGUAGAGUGGCCUAUUCCUGUAUUCCACCAUGUGCAUAACCUAUGUGCCCUGGCCCUGUUUGCAUAGCUGUCAACAUUUCCCUUUUCUUGUGAGGAAUCCUAUUCGGAAUAAGGGAAUUUCCCUUAAAAAAAGGAAAAUGUUGACAGCUAUGCCUGUUCGAUCUUGCCCUUGGUUUAGAGUAGCCAUCCCCAGCUUGUUGCCCUCCAUCUGCCCUGGCCAGGGAUAAUGGGAGUUUUAGUCCAAAGUUAUCUGCAGGUUUGGGAAGGCUGGUUUAGAGCAUUUUAACAAGCAAGGUUUAUACGUGGGUCUACAAUCCUCUCCAUGCCAUUGAUAUAUGCCAUACAGCAGUAAUCCUAUUUGAGCUUUGACGAACCAGCUGUGCAUUUGCUACGAAAACCGUCUUUUAAUUUUCAGUGCCAUUAUGUAAUGGGAAGAUGUGCUGUAAUACAGCAUCAAUGUUAAAACGCUGAGACUCAAUAAGUAAUGUUUCAAGCUGAUUAUUUCCAUAACUGGAUUUUCUUUUUAAUGGUCAAAGCAAUAGUUUCCUGCCAUGUCUCUAAUGGGGCUUUUUCACUGGAGAACACUGCUUGCUGUGAAGUAAUACGUUUUGAUUCUUAUUGUGCUAUGGGACCUGGUUAAAUCUCAACAGAGCCAUAAUUCUAAACACAGUGGGGUUGAAUUCUCAGCAGAUCCACAUCAGUUAGUGCUGUAAGUUGUCGCUUUAUGUUGGCGGUCAACCAAUGCAAUGGAAACAGCUGAGACUCUUAUGGCACCUUGAAGACCCAUAAAUAUAGGGGGGCAUAAGCUUUUGUGGCCAAAAAAGAUUGUUUCAGCUUCCUGCUCUUCAAAGAGGCACCAGAUGCCAAAAGUCUUAUGCUGACAGGGCCACCACACCUGCAGGUACUCGUGUUUUUCAUGCACACCCACCAAACCUCAGAUCAGUGCAGUAUUUCAGAUAUGGGCAUGCACAGUCCCAUGCCAUUUGAGGCUUUGCAGGAAAGUAGUAGCACCUUUAAAAGCCCAGAAAUGAGUAGACAAAAUAGGGUGAAAUUACACUCUGAUCGCCCAGUCUCAGACCUUUCUCAUUUCAUUUCACUUUUAAUUUGUAUACCUUCUUUCUAUAUUGCUGUAAAACAUGGUGGCUUACAAGCUGAAGAAACAACAAAAUAGACAGCAGAGAUCAAGAGUUUGGCAAUGAUAUUGUGGACCUUUUGUUAUACUUUUCCAGUUCUGUAGAGCAUGAUGACAGUGGCCAAAUCCCUUUUUUGAGAAAAGGGUGAAACAGCCAAAGCUUGUAAAAGGCACUGAUACUCAACCAUGUAGGUGUGCCACAUCAACAAGCGCUAACAACCUGUGAGACUUAAGGGGAAGUGCGACACCUAACCCUGGAUCAGAUGAUUCGCUGAACCAACAGCAUUUGCAUCUUAAAUGGAUUAAAUUUCAUUUAAGUGCACAUCUAGUCCUUUAUUGAUAUCAAACAUUAGUUUAGGAUUUCUAGUCUUCUUAGAAUCUGAUGAAAGCAAGAGGUAGGACUAGGUGUCAACUGUGUGCUGGCUCCUCAUCCCAAAUCUCUCCUGAUAAUUGCACCAGAAAUUUCAUGUUGCUACUUCACUUGCUUUGUCCGAUGGGUUGUCUUUUCCACAUUAUAAAAUAUUUGUUGUUUUGGAAUUUUACAGACUUGGGGGCAGGGCUUUGCUUGAAGGAGAGACUAAGACAGUAACAGUGAAGUGGGUACAGAAAUGUGCUCUUAUCUCUUUACCUCUUCCUGCCACCACUAUGCAUUUUUUUCAUUGCCUCUCUGAAUUCCAGGUAGGGCUGCAGGGGAGGGAAUCCCGUCUGAACCCUGGAGAGCGGCUGCGAGUCAGUGUAGACAACACUGAGCUAGGUGGAGCAAUGAUCUGACUCAAUAUAGUGCAACUUCCUGUUAGGAUAUUUCCAUUCCACCUUAAAAGGGAGCAGGCUGUGAGUCACAGAGUCUGCGUAUUUCCUGUUCACAGGAUGUUUAUGUUUUCUGUUGCUUUCGUUUUCUCUCUCUGUGUCGUAGACACUAAAGCAGGCAGUCAUGUUUUUCUGUGUUCUGAUCAACGCUGAAUAAACUUGUAAAUAAUGCUCUCCUGAGUGCAACUUUUGGCUGUGCAUUAUCUGCUGAUAGAGUGUGCAUGAGCUCUGGAAUGUGGCAAGAUAUUUUCUAGAAACUCAUGUCGCUGCGUGCCUACGGGAGGUCGAUGGAUCGUCCGGCAGACGGCUUGGGGGCCUUGAUGGACUUUAUCUCCCUGGCAGUAUCCUAACACUUCCUAUGUUCCUAUUACUCUUCGGAGUUGAAAUGAAGGGGUAGUUUAGCUAAGAAUCUGAAAAUGCACAUCACUCGGUGACCGAAAUCUCAAGCACAUGUGAAAUGGCGAUAAACUCAAUUGACAGCCUGCUGACCUUGCAGUUUAUCUAAAAUUUGCUGCAUGUAGGGCCUCCAGCAAAUGAUUACUCCAGAGUGGUAAAAUAAUAUUACUUUUACCACUAUUGAGGGCAGAGACAGCUCCAGGUUUGAGGGGGCAAAGAGCCCACAAGUAUUAGCCCCUUGGGGGUAGGGGCAAGAGCACUUCUCAUUUCCCACAAUGCCCCUGAUGUAGCAUCACUGUGCAGCAUAUCGGGAAAAUUAAUUGGCAGCUUCCAAACCCAGGGUAAGUAUUAGUGGUUGACCUUACUGAGAUGCUGGGACUUUGACAGCUGCCUGACGACAAGAGCAGCUUGCUGAUUGUUGUGGGAGAGAGCACAAUUUGAACUGUCUGCCUUGGGCACCUAAAUGACUUGGGUCUGUCUGUGAAGGAGUGAUGGUUUAGGACACCCCUUGGACAAUCCCCCUCUCCUGCUGGGGUGUGGGCCAUCAGCAGGAUGCAUGAACCAUGCUGACUUUUGACACUGGCCUUAAUUAGCAUUGCAGUGGCUUGCCUGCUAGUCUCUUGAGUUAGAUCCCAGGGUUUGCAAAAAGAGGAAAAGUUAUGCCCUUCUUCUUUGCUGGGACUCUGCCAUCCAAACCCUCAGAGCUACUGUAUGGGCGUUCAGUGACUCAUAGGGUCAUUAGGGUCUUGCUCAUAUAUUAUGAGUUGCUUCUGUGGUUGGAUACUCCUCCAUUAAGACUAUUUUGGGCACAAAGAGCUGUUUUCAUUUUGCAGAUGAAAUACCCAACCCUUCUUUCAGGCAUGGCCUAACAUGAAGAUGAAUCGUGGCACUCAGUCACACCUGUUGCUCACUUCAGCCCAAAAGCAAGGAGGAAUACUGUCAGAAUUCAGCCGUUAAAAGACCAAGAGUUUUGUUUUCCAUGUUUAAACUCUCAGUCUUGAUGAAUUUUCAUUUGGUUGUGGGAGGGGAUAUAUUUGGCAUGCUUUUUUUAUGGAAUUGGAAAGGGAGUGGUGACAGGUAAACACGGUCACAGUGAGGAGAAACAAAUCUACCUCCGCAACGGGCCUGCUUCAUCCUCUCUCCUUUCACAGGUUUUUCUUGGACACUGAAAGAAAAGAGAGCAUUCUCCUCAGCUCCCUGAGCGUGUGAAACUCUUGAUAAAGCCUUUUGCCUGUUCACGUCCUGCUCUCUUCAAAUUUCGUUCAGGACUUUCUCAGCUAGGCUGCAUUGGGAGAGGGAAAUGCUCUGUUAAAAAAUUACUCACAUUACAGAUGUUUCAGCAAGCCAAAAGAAUGGUUCAAUUGGUCAGGUGGGAAAAACAGCAAAAUAUUGAGGUCAGUCUAUCCCUCCCUCUCUCAGGGGCAAACCCAAAAAGAGCACACGCUGCCUGUGACCUUAAAUGUCUUGAAAAGAGUUUUCUGUAACUAGCCUGCCUGUUUAAACCACAAGUGUGAGCCACGGCUUCUGGGGCUGAGCUCUGAUUAACUCUUGACUCAAAUUAAGUCCACCUGGCUAGAAUCCACCUCCUCCCACUCCCACAUUAUCCAUCCUUAUCCAGCUUCCUUGUCCCUGGCAGGGAACAAGCUGGCAAGUUUUCUUCGCAGUUGUGAAGUUUUCAGUAAAUCACUCUUCACUCUCUUUUCCCAUCAGAACGUUACACUGCCUUAAAGUAUUGAGUACACACACAAAAAGUUCUCGGUAGAAAUAGAAAGAUUAUUAAAAGUAGGGGCCAGGAGAUCUGGGCCUCCUGAAAAACGGGGCUUGGGCUCGCUAGGAAACCUAACACUGCCCCUUUCCCUGUGACAUGUUAGUUACGAGAUUAUUUUAAUAAGUGAUACUGCAGAGUUAUGGUAUUUAUUUUAUGUAGUUCAGAGAACAAUUACCUACCUCUCCAAGGAACGUACAGCAAUUCAUUUUUUUAAUGCUGACCCCAUUUGCUAGUUGGUUUUGCAAAACUCUCCCAGUGCUUUCUACUCUGCACUUUUAAACUCUUUAACACUGGAUAGCUGGGCAGCAUACACAAACAGGGCUGUGGUUUCAAAUUCAGUUUAUCAGUGGAAACCUCUGGUUACAAAGGGGGCUUCCUGCUUAAAUUGUGCUAUAAAAAAACAUGCAUUUGGUAUUGAAAUCUGGUUAUGGAGGUUGUUAGGAAGGAGCUGGGUUUGCUCUUGUAGCAAGAAACCUAGGUCGCUUAUUUGGUAUUGUGUGCUUGCCAUAAGAUCAGGAUGGUACUUGAAGAUGGUUUGUUGUUCCAUAAGGGUCUUCUUUGAAGACCAGCUUUAUUUAAGUCCAUGUAGUUAUUGGAACUGGAAUUUCAAGAUCGAGAUUUUUCCAAGUGGAAACUCUCAACUUCAGCAAAAUAAAUAGAGGUAAACAUUCCCUUUUGAACACUUUGAUACCCGGAGCAAAUAGAGAGAAAAGAUUGUGGCAUAAUCCAACUAUUUUAAUCUCCACUUAAAUCUCUUUAGUCUAGGACAAUAUUCCCCAGCUUGGUGCCCUCCAGAUGCUAUAGACUCCAACUCCCAUCAUCCUCAGGCAGCAUUGCCAGUGGUCAGGACUGAUGGGAGUUGCAGCCCCAAAACAUUCAGAGAGCACUAUAUUUGGGGAAACUUUUGAAUUUACUUAGCAGCCUUAAUCUCCCUCAGUUUAAAUGUUACCUGGUCAAAAGAGCCAAAGUCCCAAUUCCAGAAAAAAUAGGUUGCCUGAUUUACACUUACACUUACUUACACAAAUUCCAUAUGCAAGCAACAGUAGACCGCCUUCAGAAUCGCACAGGGCCAGCCCAAUCCAUUUUGUCAUUUGAGGCAAGACUAGUAAUAGUUGGUUUUUAUCCCUGCCCAGCCAAAACAUCUCAAGGAAUUUCACAAGAAGUUACUGAAUCUCCAAUAAGAUUGGCAUAACAUCUUUAUUUCAAGGAAGUUACUUUGGAAUAAAACAUGUCCAAACCAGCCAGUUGUGUUUUAUUCUGCAAAGGCUGCAGACUCGGGGAAUGAAUGAAAUAAUAGAAAAGUGCUUAAGCAAGCAUACCCCAAUAUCCUUCCCUGUCCCUCAGAAAUGUCCGCUUCCUUUUUUAAAAAUGAAAGCUAAGAUUAUACCCAACUCCCAAAUCCUACCCCUUCUACCCAUUUGUCAGGAGCUCACAAGCCUGAAAUUUGCUCUCUUCUGCUGUAGUUCAGUAGCACUUUCCUGUAUGUUUUCCACAGCAAAUGGUAUUCAGAGACACUAAUCUUUACUAGUAGCCAUUUAUACCCUUGUACAAUCAAACUGUGGAUUUCUAAUCCCCCCCUCCUUACAGCUGCUGUGUCAGGAAUGAAAUGAAUUUUUUAAAAAUGACGACUUUGCAACAAAGAGGGCUGUCUGCUGUCUACUGUCUGCCGGUGAUGUGA